AUGAAAAUUUUAUCUUGCAAAAUUAGGCCCUUGGGCAACUCUACGAGUCAUAAAGUACCAAUAACAGUUAUACUACUAGAAUCCGGUGCUAAUUGUAAUAUUAUAGGUCGAUGUGUUGGGAAUAUUCAUGAAAUAAAGAUUUCGAUCCUGUCUCAAGAUCGUAAAUGGGAGCAAGUAGUAGUUACUGAUGUUUUCGUUACUAAUAAACCCGAACCUGAAUCUGUACUGAUAUUGGGUCAGCCAUGGUUCCAGGAAAAUGCAAUAAAAGUGGACUUUUCUAAUAAAACUUUUACAUUGCUCGAUGGAACUGAUAUACAAUUAGUUAUUGGACCAAAAAUUCCACCACCAACACAGCUCAAUCAGUCUGUGGAUGAUUACUUCAAGAUGAUAAAGGUAUAUGCUACAACAUUGGAUAUUGACUUAGAAAAUCAAGACCUUAAGGAAACUUUCUUUAAUGGCCUAUCACGAGAUAAUAAAAAAGAAGUAAUUCGAUUCGGCUUUAAAAAGCCUUUGAAUAAAAUAGUCGUUCACUUGAAUAGAAUCUCAUCUGGAUAUACUGAUAUUCAAAAUUUUCAAUUCGGAAAUUUGAGUCAAGAGGAGUAUUGCAAAGCAAUGGCCUAG